AUGACAACCCUCUUGAUAGAACUGCGCGAUGUUCAAUGGGUCAACGAUCCUGCUAUCAUCCGACAGAAUCCCAAAGUUGUUGCGAUCAAUUCAGCCGUCGAGGUUGAUCUCACUGGUCAGGUGGUGGCCGACUCAGUUGGCAAACGGUUUCUGUCCGGUUUUGGUGGCCAGGUGGAUUUUAUUCGUGGCGCCAGUGUAGCCAGCGACGGCAUGGGCAAGCCUAUCAUCGCCCUUCCGUCAAUUUCAAAGAAAGGCCAGAGCAAAAUUGUGCCCUACAUACAGGAGGGAGCUGGUGUUGUUACAUCCCGAUCUCAUGUACAUUACGUUGUCACGGAAUACGGUAUUGCUCAACUAUGGGGUAAGAAUAUGCGGCAAAGAGCGUACGAACUCAUCAAAAUCGCUCAUCCGUCACAGCGUCAAACCCUGGAAAAAGCAGCUUUUGAAAGGCUAAAGGUGAGCUUCCGAUUGUUUUGGCACCAUCACUACGUCUAG